ACCGGUCCCAGAAUUCGCGUUCAGUCUUUCGAAUUCGCGGCUUAAGAUUUGUUGGUGGUUAUUUUUAUUAUUAUUAAUUUUUCCAAGUGGGAUUAUUAUUAUUUUAAAAUGACAAUAAUGACCAAGAUGUUGCUUAUACAACCAACCGAAGAGAUGUCGAAGCUCAUUCGAGCUGAGCUGAACGAGAAUGUCGCAACUCGAGACCAGGAUUUGGAGCACAUCAAAGAGUGGUUGAAAAAACAGUCUCAUUUACCUGACACUUUCGAUGAUCAACGAUUGAUGACUUUUUUACGAGGCAGUAAAUUUUCAUUAGAAAAAUGUAAAACAAAACUCGAUAUGUACUUUACAAUGCGAGGAGCUGCUCCGGAAUUUUUUGCAAACCGUGACGUAACGAGACCUGAAAUGCAAGAAACAUUAAAGCAUGUGCAAAUCCCGCCACUGCCAGGCCUGACAAAAAAUGGCCGCCGCGUGAUAAUAAUGCGCGGAACAAACAAAGACAUUCCAACGCCAAAUGUCGCAGAAGCAAUGAAACUAGUGAUGAUGAUCGGCGACGUAAGAUUAUUAGAAGAGCUAGUAGGUGUCGCUGGCGACGUUUACAUCCUCGACGCGUCAGUCGUCUCACCGGCUCACUUUUCUAAAUUCACGCCCGACUUGGUAAAAAAAUUCCUAACCUGCGUCCAAGAAGCCUACCCGGUUAAGCUCAAGGAGAUCCACGUGGUGAACGUCAGCGCCCUCGUCGACAAAAUAGUGCAAUUCGUUAAGCCGUUCCUCAAGGAGAAAAUACGUAACCGCAUUCACAUGCACAGCAAUAUGGAGACGCUCUACGAGUUUAUCCCCAGAGAAAUCCUUCCGGAAGAAUAUGGCGGCAAAGCUGGGCCCAUAAAGGCCAUCAACGACACCUGGAUCAAGAAGCUAGAAGAUUAUGGGCCCUGGUUCAAGGAACAGGAGGCUGUUAAAUCCAACGAGGCGUACCGAAUUGGAAGACCUAAAACUUCUGAUGAACUUUUUGGGAUUGAUGGGUCAUUCCGGCAAUUAUCUUUUGAUUAGUUAUUUUAAGGCUUUAUUUUUGUAAGAUUGUUUUUAAGUAAAAUAUAUUCUUUCGUGGGU